GCCGGCGCUCUUUUUCCCACGGCUGCUUGCUUCGUGCGGUCACCGACCUCUCCAGCAUGGAGUACGCCUUCGACAGCAUCCAUCUGACCGCACAUCCUACUGCUAGGUCCCAAGCAACAGCGAGCAGGGCAAUCGGAGCAGGCUCGACUGUCCUCGCAGCACCAGCACUUGCAACGACCUUGAUUCCCUCAGAAAAGGGACGACGAUGCGACUACUGCCAUCUCGUGCCUACGGAAGGCGAAAAGCUCUUCAAGUGUACCGGAUGCGCGGCAUUCUGGUACUGCGGAACUGCUUGCCAGACUAAGCAGUGGAACGUCCACCACCGCAAGGUCUGCAAACGAUACAAUCGCUACACUGCAUCUAUCGAGUAUCAAGCCAUGCCGCCUGGGCACAGAACGGACGCGUUGAUGCUGUCUCAGCUGCUCCUCGAGGUCUUUCCGAAAGAUGAAUUCGGUAUAGAGGCCGCGACACACCGCUCGGACGCUGUCGCACAUUUCUUCGACCUGCUCAAGGGUCCUGCAUCACGUGGAAACCCGACGCAAAUUUCCCUUUGCCGACCAUCCAACUCGGCAGCGGUUCCGCCGAGCAUCAUAGAAGAGGUGUUUGCUCGCUUCGGGAACAACAACUUCAUCGUUCACUCACAUCUUAACUCGUAUGCACAUGGAGUCUUCCCCUUGGCGAGCCGCCUUUUCAACCAUUCAUGCGUGCCGAAUUGUGCAUCCAAGUAUGUUAUCACCUCAACGGAGAUGAUGGGAAUGGAGAUUGUCGCCCUUCGGGAUAUUGAAUUUGGCGACGAGCUAACGAUACCAUAUCUCGACCCUGCACUGCCUUUCGACAUCAGACAAAAUACCCUUCAGGAAAGCUAUGGCUUUACGUGCAAUUGCUCCCUGUGCAAUUUCCAAAGGGCCUCGGCCCCCAUCCCGCCUCUCCCGACCUCGCCGGAACGACUGAGUGCGCUCGAGGCAGGGCUUUGUGCCUUUGUUGCCGUACAUGUAUUGCAACUCGACCCUUCGGCUCCACCACCUGUCAGUAUGGGUGCAGACGCGUUCAGCAGCUUGCCGUCCGAACUGCACCCGUUACUUGGCGAGGGCUACCUGCCAACAUUAUCGGAGGAGUUCAGUCGGGCGUCCCAUGAGGGGCCGUACGACCGAGCUGUGGCGGCAGGCCGCGUGCUCCUCGCCCUCUACGCGGUGCUCUAUCCUCAGAAUUACCCGCAAACAGGGAUGCACGCUCUGGAACUGACGAAGACGGCAUGGAACGCAAUAAUAGCUGGAGAACGCUCCGAGGCACCCUUGAACUCAAGCGCCACCCGACGUCUGGAGGAUGCCGCCAGACAUUACCUGUCUAUCGCCUCGCGAGUUCUCGAGGUGUACGGGCCGGAGGGGGACAUGAAUGGGCCUCUAGAGGAGCUUGGCGUCAUGCGGUCUUUGCUCGAGGCGUAGGUAUCUACAAUCGCGACGAUCCUCGAGGGACCCGGCGGUAAAUCAGAGACGUCGGCCCUGUUAUCUGAAUUAGGCCCGCUUGACACGGUGCACCGGUCUUUCCCCGCCCGCAGAACCUACGCGCAUUGUCCCGCAAGCAGUACGGAUCACUAAGGUUAGCCAAAGGUUCCAUGUGAGUGGGUAGAACACCGAGAACCCAUCACCAUGUGAUCGUGUCCGAGGUUCUCGCAAGAGAUAAGUAGCUAAUCCGGGUUGCCCGCGUUUACUCCACCAAGCUGCGAUAUUCUAAGCUUGUGCCUACUCAGC